ACGCGAGAGGGAGCGACGCCAUUGGCUGAAGGGAAAGAAAGGCUUCGGGUACGCCGAAACUUCCCUUCAGUCCGCGUCAGGCCAUUGGCUCGCAGCUGUUCUAUAGGCGGGGCUCCGAGGGUUACAGAUCCCGCUUCUGAUUGGUUGGCACCUCGAGGUGUCGCAAUUGGAGAUCAGAGGAGCUUGAAAAUGUCAGUGACACGACUCGGAAAAGUGGUCCCCAAAACCAGCAUCCUUUUCCUGUGUGACAUGCAAGAGAAAUUUCGGCCGAAUAUCAGCUACUUCCCUCAGAUUGUAUCUGUGGCAGCUCGGAUGCUAAAGGUUGCCAAGGCUCUCGAUAUCCGGACGGUGGUGACCGAACAAUACCCCAAAGGCCUGGGCCCUACGGUGCCAGAGUUGGGUGCUGAAGACUUGCCGAAAUAUGCCAAGACCUGCUUCAGCAUGGUUACCCCAGAGGUGGAGAAGGAGAUGGCAGCUGUGCCCGACCUGAAAUCUGUGCUUUUGUGUGGGAUCGAGACACAGGCCUGCAUCAUGAGCACAGCAUUGGACAUCAUGGAACGAGGCCUGGAUGUCCACGUGGUGGUGGAUGCCUGCUCUUCCCGCAGUCAGCUGGACAGGAUUGUGGCUUUGUCCAGAUUACGCCAGAGUGGUGCCUUCCUCACCUCCAGCGAAGGGAUCAUUCUGCAACUGGUCAGAGAUGCUGCACACCCCUGUUUCCGAGAGAUCCAGAAGUUGAUUAAGGACCCUGCCCCAGACAGUGGCCUUCUCCCCCUCCUGAAAGAACCAAGCCCCCUUUUCAACUAGGCCAGCUGCUCCAUUGAUCCUCCUCCUUGCUUUAAAGUAUCUCCAGCUGCUUAGGUCUGCCAUUGCUACACAUUGGGUAGGAGAAGUGGAAUCAAGAUGUGCAAAUAAAAAUUUUUGUACAGGG